AUGCUCACCAACAUCAAGAAAACAACGGCAGUCAUGACAGAUGAUGUACAAGUAAUUGGUCUACUAGAUGUUUUCACGCCCGCUACCUGUCUAUCAGGAUUCAAUGACGUGUAUCUGGUGACCCACCUCAUGGGAGCAGACCUCAACAAUAUCGUCAAGUGCCAGAAGCUGACAGAUGAUCACGUCCAGUUCCUCAUUUAUCAGAUCCUACGAGGAUUGAAGUAUAUUCACUCAGCAGACAUCAUCCACAGAGAUCUUAAACCCAGUAACUUGGCUGUAAAUGAAGACUGUGAACUUAAGAUUCUGGACUUUGGACUGGCCCGGCUGACUGACGAUGAGAUGACGGGAUACGUUGCCACCCGAUGGUACCGUGCCCCAGAGAUCAUGCUCAAUUGGAUGCACUACAACAUGACAGUGGACAUCUGGUCGGUGGGCUGCAUAAUGGCUGAGCUCCUCACAGGACGGACCUUGUUUCCCGGCACUGAUCAUAUAAACCAGCUUCAGCAGAUAAUGCGACUGACGGGAACCCCGCCAGACUCUCUAAUAAGCAGCAUGCCGAGCCACGAGGUGAGAACGAACCCCUUCCUGCCUUUUAUAUUUUAUAAUUCCGAAUGUUGCUUUUUGAGUCUAUGUCCUAUGUUAUCCGUUCUAGCUGUGGACCUACUGGAGAAGAUGCUGGUUCUGGACACAGAUAAACGGAUAACUGCAUCACAGGCUCUCGCGCACCCGUACUUCUCCCAGUACCACGACCCGGACGACGAGCCCGAGGCAGAGCCCUACGACCAGAGCUUCGAGAGUCGCGAACUGGACAUCGAAGAGUGGAAACAGCUCACGUAUGAGGAGGUGAUCAGCUUCGAGCCCCCCGUGUUCGACAGAGACGAGAUGGAGUCAUGAAGGCUGCUCGACCUACAAGACCUUCAUCCAUACAGGAAAAUGACAUUCAAGUGCCUGCCAUCAUCAAGUGCUGGCUUCCCACUGUGUUCUGAGCCUGCUUAUCCAUGCCUUCAUACACGCUCUGUCGAAAAAGGGAAAAAAAAAACAGUGCAAACUUUCAAAAAGGACACCGAGAAUGUAAGGUUUUGUGUCUUGUGACCCAGUAAUUUAAAGGGAUAGUUCACCCAAAAAUGAAAAAUUUUGUCAUUUACUCGCCUUCAUGUUGUUCCGAACCUGUGAGAGUUUCUUUCAUCUGAUGGACACAAAAGAAUAUUUUGAAGAAUGUUGGUAAACAAACGAAUUUUGGUAUUUUUUCCAUACUAUGGAAGUCAAUG